CUGCCAACCAACCCCCCAUUACUAUCCCGCAACUUUCCACCCGUCUGGCCCUAUCGAUGACAUCCAGUGCAAUCUAGGUGCAAUCCUGCCUCUGAUGACAUUAUAAACUUUGCGCACACCCUCCUCGCCGCGUUCCCCUGCGGUCUCGAUCAAGCUGCAAUCAAAAGCUCCCUGGAAGCAUCUGUCCCGCCCAUUUCGAGCCACCUGUCUGCUGUUGGAUUGACUUCGCACCCGGUAACGUGGAGGAAUCAUGACAAUAUAACAUCGAGCCGCUGGUGAAAAGGUGGUCCCCGAGUGCCUGCGGACACCCGCUGUCAUCCUUGCUCCCCCCCGGCUGUUCGGACCUUAGGAAUCGCACCCGUCGAUCUCUGUCCCGUCGUUUCUGCACCUUCCAAACAGUCGGCUUCCAGUAUUUGGUUCCAGGCCGGGAACCCGUCCUCACUGCGUCGGUGUCUAUUAUGUGUGGUGGAGAGCACACGGGAUCUAGUCGAGAGCUAUACAUGAGCGGGAGACAAAUCUACUGCUGCGGCUGGCGGAAUGAUCUUCUGAUAUCAAUAUGGAGAGCGGUUUGAAGAAGUUAUGGACUCGGCGGAAAAGUAAAGGGAAUGAUGCGAGACAAGAUGGAUUUAGCAGCCUGAGGAAGAGCCAGAGCACAGAGCACGCCCUCCGAUCAGUCACAGCAAGCCCCCGGUCAAACCACACUAGGACCGCUUCGACAGACGCUCAAUACAAGCCGAGUGUCAGCAACAGAGUCCAGUCGGCGUUGGCCGGAGCUGCUGCAAGACCCUCAACAUCUUGGUCACGACCUGGCACAGAUGGGAGUGGCAGUUUAAUGAAUGCUGUCAAUCUCGCAGCCGACGCCGUGGCCAAAGCCGACCAAGACUAUCAAUACCCUGCGGACAGAUACCUGAAAGACCAGGUCCGACCCAAAACCCCUCGCUAUGUUGACAUUUUCUCCCUCGCGAACUCCAAUAGCCCAGGCUCGAGACCUGGUUACAAUGAGGACGUGGCUGAACGGAACCUGGAUUUGGCUCGAGUCGCUCUCGAAGGUACCCACCAGUAUGUACCUUUAUCGACAUUCCAAGAAGAAGUCGCCGCCAGGAAUGCAUAUCCCAGUCUCCCUGGAAGCGGUAGUGUUGAUAGCUCUCCGUCUGUCCGUCAAAACGGUUUUCAUGGCAGCCAGUCGACUGGUCCGAGGAGAGGGAUAUCUAGCCCAGUGAGCAGUCAGCCGCGUUCGCCUCAAAAACCCGGGGAGCGCCCUUUCUCCAGGCAUACUCAGAAUAUACAUAGUUCGAUUGGGUCACAUUCUCGACAACAGAGUGAUCGAUCUUGGGACUCCCAGGCGCAGUUGCACGAAUUGCCGGCUUCGAGACAUAGUAUCGAGGACCCUCGCCAGGCGCACGCACUCUCGAGCCCAACGACAACACUGGCGAGCAGUUCUCGCGACCCUAUGCUGGCAGCCAGCCACCCAAGUGGAGUUUCCGGAGAAUUUCAUCCUUCUGUCUUUCCCAAUGGCGCUCUCGGCAGCUAUCAACUGUCAGCCUCGGAAGUGACACAAGUGAAGUCAAAUGAACCAUCCCAGAUGCACCGGCAGGGAGCUGUUACAUCUCCGGACCACUCAACAGAUUCCCAAGGCUACAGUCAUUCAGUUCGGUCGCCCUCGAAUUUGAGCAACGCAUCUUCCGUGAAGCGAACAAUCAACCUGCCUAAUCGAACAAUUAUGGACUUGACCGGCAACGAUUCAGAAGUGUUCUCUGAAGGCUCUCCUCCGUCAAACUACAGCUCUUCUCCUAUCCUGGAGCACGCCAAGAUUGAUACGGUGCAGAAAGAACAGGGAGCCGCCAUGUCUGGGCCCUCCACUGGACAUGGGAUGACUGACAACAGUCUGACACAAACAACAGCCCGUCCACCUAUUGGGAUAGAACAGGCAGCUGCUGUUGACGCUCCACCAUCACAUCAACAACAGGCAGAGGCUCGUUCAGAACUUCCCAGGCCCCAAGAUCCUCCUCCUCGUUCUGAUUUUGCUAUCGGCUUUUCACCUAUAACUACUAUUGUAUCCGCAUCGCCACGAGCAAGCGUUGUUUUGGAAGCACCAAGUACCUCCGACCAGACAGUGCAAACCCAUAUCAACCCUGAAUCUGUCGACAUGCAAAACAAACAGAACGAAACCAUGGUGGCUUUACAAUCUAAACAGCUUGCACAGCAAAACGAACGCGCUCCUGAUCAACCUUCAGAAAACAGUGUUAAAGAAGCUGAGAAACAAGCAUCAAGAUCAGACAAAGGGAGUGGAAACGGAACUAUCCCUGGAGACCAGAGUGGAAAGCCCGUCGACCGUGUGGUACAAGAGGCACCGGCAAUUCCAUCAUUCGAGCCUGACAGUGAUCUCGAUCCGUUACCAUCGCCUCGUGGCUACAUUCACAUGGCUCCAGAAAGUCUAAACGCGACUGGAUUGGGUGAUCCGGUUCGUCCUUCCAGCGUGAGCACUAGGGAAUUUGCAAGCACCCCUGCCAGAUCUAUGCUGACAAGUGUUCCCGAAGAAGUAGAAGUCAAGAGCAACGGUCACGCAAAGACGCCAGGAGAGCCUGUGACGGAAACAUGGCCAAAAAGCAGUAAUCUGUAUAUUGACACUGACCUAUCCAAGGAGCGACUUUACUCCACUCCCGGGUACCAGUCGACUUUUGACGAGAGAGAAUAUGCCCAAAAGCAAGCCGAAGCUCGCGCAGCCCUCAUUCGACUUCAGUAUAGUUUGAAUGAAAAUUUUCUCACCCAACCACCUCCUGCGCCAAACUCGCCGUCAACCAGAUACAGUCCAUCGAAACACGCCUAUUCCUUCAGCGACGGGAGACCAGCCGCGCCGUCCUCUAUCUUUUCACAGGUCAGACACUCCUCACCCACCCCGACAGAUGCGAUGGGCGAGGCUGACAGCCGGUUUGGGGAUGGUAGAAUGGAGACAUCUUAUCAUCGUUUGACGACGGAGUCGCAGGAAAAGGAGGGUGAAAAGGUUCGGAGAAAGAAAUCAGCCCGUAGUGCCGCCAAAUCCGAAGCGACUCGUGGGAAAGGAAUGCAAAGAGUGGAAUCUGAACUCAACGGGCCUGGUCCGUCCAUCGUCAAUGACCUGGAGAGUCCAAAGCAGCCCUUCCACCUGCCGCCUCCUCUUCACCUCAACGGCUAUCCUCUGCAUCAUCAUUUGCCAUACCAGCCACCAAGCCCAGGCGAGGUUUCUCUGUCAAACUUCCCAAUACCUGUGUCCUCUCCUCGUCAAUCAGUCAUGCGACCGUCCGUGGCUGAGGACGUGGAGAGGCAACAAACCCCGACCCCGACCCCAGCUCCAACGCAGCAGGCCGCGCAUCCGCAACAGCGUCCCCCUAGUGCUGCUGGAAUGAAAGAACGCAUCUUGCGCCGCCAGGCCAGCCAACGAAGUCAGGCAAGCGGCAGCUCAGCGUUUAGUAUUCCUUUUCAUAUGAUCCCCGAUCGAUCAAGCAGCAGACGAGACCGAUCGGUAAUGGAGACCGACGAAUGAAGCCUCGGGAUUUUCUAUUUGUCGAUGAUGCUCUGGUGCGCGGGUUGAGCUUUGGGUAUGGGAUUUUGGAUCGUUUUGACUUGUUUAUUUCACUCCCCCCCCCCCC